UCCAUAAUGCGAAUGUGGCGUGACUUUGGUGUGUGGACGACUAGCUAGUUUUGUAACAAACUUAUGUUGCUGAUUUGUGACGCACUGAUACCCCAAGAUUUAUUAUAUACAUUAGCUUUAAUUAGUCAUUUGCUCAUUUGAAUCGGCUACCUAACACGUAGGUAAACUUGCGAAGGGUUGCGAGAGCUCUUUUACUAAGUUAGCAUUUAGCCUCACUUUUGACUGCAGCCUGUAUUUCGCACUGUUGAGAAUAGGUCACACGAAACACUUUUAAAGCUUCUGUGAAGUAAAGUUAUUGUUCGUGAUGUGUUUUGGCUCUGAUGGUACUUAUAACAAUAAAUCACGUUUGUUUAUAGACUUUACGUCUUCAAGUCGCAUGUUAGCUAGGUUAGUGAAAGUAACUGGUCAGGAAGUGUUUUGUUCUGCCAGGGAAAUUAUAGUUAAACCGAAUUAGAUUUCUAGAAGAGACUACUUAGCUAAUUCAGAGAAAUCGUUUAGUUUUUGUGUAUGUAAAGGUCUAGACCCGUCACAUCCUUGCUGAUAAGCUAACGAUAGCCCGGAAGUCAGAUAGUAGCAAAAUUAAUGCCUGUCAGUCACAGUCUGUAACGUUAUUUCUAGCUUGCUAGUGAACCCAUCAGUCUGGAAAUCGAUUUUCUACUCCGAUUUGUCAGUUGAGUUGAAUGCAAGCAGGGAUUUAUUUGUGCCAUACAAGAUGCUGCUGUCUUUGGUGGUGCAUUCCUAUUCGAUGCGUUACUGGUUCCCAGCCGCGGUUAUGAUAGGCACUGCCCCGGCUUACCUCCUGUCAUGGGGCGCCUGGCGUUUACUGUCCACAGUCCUACCAGCCAGACUGUACCACAAAGUGGACGACCAAAUAUACACAGUCUAUCAGAGCAUGGUCCUAUUCUUCUUUGAAAAUUACACUGGUGUUGAGAUUGUAAUUUAUGGGGACAUACCAAAGAACAAAGAGAGUGUGGUCUAUCUUUCCAACCAUCAGUCUACAGCGGAUUGGAUCAUUGCUGACAUGCUAGCCAUUCGUCAAAAUGCACUUGGACACGUACGAUAUGUCUUAAAAGAUGGUCUGAAAUGGCUUCCAUUGUAUGGCUGGUAUUUCUCUCAGCACGGUGGUGUAUAUGUCAAGCGGAGCUCCAAAUUCGAUGAAAAGGCAAUGAGGAGAAAACUCCAGUCCCAGACUGAUUUAGGAACACCUAUGUAUCUUGUGAUUUUCCCAGAGGGAACCCGUUAUAACCCUGAAAUAAAGGAAGUAAUCAGUAGCAGUCAGGCCUUUGCUGCUAAAGAAGGUCUUGCUGUACUGAAUAACAUUCUGACACCAAGAAUGAAAGCAGCACAUGUAGCCAUAGAAUGUAUGAAAGAGCAUCUGGAUGCAGUUUACGACAUCACAGUAGCUUAUGAGGGCACACUGACUGCAGAUGGCCAAAGAUGCACUGCCCCUUCAAUGCCAGAGUUCCUUUGUAAGGAAUGCCCCAGAGUGCACAUCUACUUUGAACGUGUAGACCUGCGGGAAAUUCCAACAGAGCCUGCAUUUUUCCGCAGGUGGCUUCAUGAGAGAUUCGAGAUCAAGGAUAAGCUGCUGACCUCUUUCUAUGAGUCUGAUGAGCCUGACAAAAAGUGCAGGUUCCCAGGAGAAGGUCAAAGGUCACUGCUCAGUCUCACAAAGACACUACCUUCACUGCUGGUGUUAAGCGGCCUCACUUUGCCAAUGUUGUUAACUGAGCCAGGAAGAAAACUCUAUGCCAAAACCUGGCUGUACGGCACUCUGUUGGGCUGGUUGUGGGUCCAUAUAAGUGCAUAAGAUAAAAGAAGCCACCAACAUCCUGCCAACUCACACCAGUGUGGAGAGACAUAUAGUUUACUGGUUAGAUGCUUAUGCUUUCAGUCAUCUGUGGUAUACAAUUUGGGCUGGGGUUUUUUUCCCAUUAAUUUUGCCAAAUAAGUGGCUCUUAAUAUGUUUAUACUUUUAAUCUUUAAGGUGAUUAUAUGGAGAAAAAGCACAUCUCUCUUCAUCCCUUAUGUGUCUUGUCUCCAUUUUUGUUUGGCUUUACACUAAUGUGAUAUGCAAUACAUGGGUCUUAUCUUUUGUUACUCUAUAAAGUGAAAAAAGAGAAAACAGGAGGAGAAGGUAAUAUUCAAAAGGGAGUUGACUUAUUUAUAGUAGGGCAUGAAAUUUUGAAAAUUUGAUUUUGCCAUUUUGUAUUCAGAUUUGCUAUUGUGGUGUUUGUUAGUGAUUACUGUGGGGCUUAUUGUUUUACCUUUUGCACAACUGAUAAAUGUCUCACAAAAUAUUGCCAAACUUGGAGGCUACAAAGAGUGUUUAGUUCAUACAUGAUAACUUGAGAGCAAUAUAUUGUCACUUAAAUAUGGCAAACAUUUUUAUUAGGUAGAGUGUAGCAGAAGCUUUUCACUGUAAUAUGCCUUUAACACAUUAAUCCAAUUACCUCUGUAGCUGUUCAAUUAUAGGCUUUUGUUCACAAAAUCAACAAGUAUUUGCAUUAUACUUAUUCAGAAUGUUUUUGUGCGUAUUUCAUUAUGCAAAUAUUUUGCCUUUUGACUAAUGUCACAGUAUAUAUUUGCAUAUGUCUUUUUUGAAAAGCUCAAACCCGAAAAUGUAAAUGAUGUAUUCAUACAAAAAAAGCUGUACUUUAAUGCUAUUUGAUCAAUUAGUGUGCCUUUAGUUUAAAAAGGACAGACCAGUCAGCCUCACUGAAUCGGCAGAAUGUAGCCCUAAACUUCACAUAGACUACCCCUACUGGGCAGCUCUGGGAAUGUUUUUACCAGUUUAUUUCAUGGAAGUCAAAGUCAGUUGGGAAGCCGCUAAUAGAGUUUUCUAUACCUAACACCCAUAUCCUAGAAAUUUUAAGAAAUUAAUUAAGCCAUAACAUUUAGGUUUCUACAUUAAAAUGAUAGUUUCUUGCUAAUGCAUAUCUUUCUAGAUUGUCAUGUACAUUGUCUGCAAUUGUGUAUGAAGAAAAUUCUGAUGGGAAUAAGACUUUAGUCACACAAGAAGAGGAGUAAGUUCCAAAAAUAUAACCACAAUGCUAUCACUGGCAAGGAAUAUUGAUGCAAGCUGACUUAAAGCCUUUGAAACUAAAGCUUUCUGUCUGACUUUGGCCAUGUUAUGGUAUACAUCAAGAAAUUUGUUGUAUAAAAAUUGCCCUAUAUAUAUAUAUAUUUCUCUAUCCCAGUGAAAGUGUUUCCAAGUCUAUCAUUGUAGCUAUAUGAAACUUUGAUCCUUUUGUUGCACUGAAUAUACAAUAGAAUGCUUUGAUUUUUUUUUUUUUUUUAAUGCAUAUUUGCUUUGAAAAACCUAAAAGUUGUCAUUUGGAUUCAAAUGUG